AUGUGCAAGGAGAGAAAUGAGAAGAUUAUCGGCAACUGGACCAACAGAUGGCGUUUGAUGCGAGCAGAUUGUCAAGCUUUGCCACCAGAUCAUCGGAUCCGUAGCAAUAAUGACCUGCAAGUGAAGGACAAGAACAAGGUCGACGCAGAUAAGCCUCCUUACUUUGACCUAAGUUGUCUUAAGGUCAGGUCAGUCCAGAUCCUCAUAGCAACAGCAGCAGUCAGUUCUGUCGGCCUCUACGCGCCACUCUUCUACCUCAUCCUCGGCGCCCAACGAGAGGGCCUGGAGGACUCGGCACUGAUCCUCCUGCAGACUUUCCUCGGCUUCGCCUACGCCCUCGGCUGCAUCGGCUUCGGGCUCAUCGUCGUCAAGCAGAGCGCCCAGUGCAUGAUCUCGCGCCAGUACCUGUGCCAGGCGUCGCUCUACGGCUUGGGUGUAACCGUCCUGGCUCUCACGGCGGUCCGGGGCUACUACGGCUACGUGCUCUUCAUGUGGCUCUACGGCCUGCUCCUCGGAGGCGCCCACUAUGCCCUCCAGAUGCUCACCCUCGAGAAAGUGCGGGCGCGGCACUUCUCGAGGGCUUGGGGCUUCAUCCAGGGUGCCACGGCGUUUCCUAUCCUCUUCGGAGUGCCUGUGACAGGCUACAUCAACGAAAGCAACCCCAAGACGGGCUACUUCUUCUCGAGCGUGUUCAUGCUGGCGGGCGCGACCUGCCUCUUCCUGCUAAACUACUUCAAGGAGAAGAUGGCCAAGCACGACACCAGCGUCUCCUUCACGACCGUCGACUCGCACGUCCCUCACGAACCGUACAUCAAGGGUCCUGUGUGCACGUGCGGCGCCGACCCGGGCGCGCCGCCCCCUCCACAGGGCGUGGCGCACGACCCGGCGCAGGCGCAGGCGUUCAACAAACUGGGCAAGACCAUCUCGUUCGCCACGUCGGUCGACAUCAUGGAGCCGCGCCUCAAGCCCGAGCUGCUGACGUGCAUCUCGGAGGAGGGGCUGCUCGACCACUAUUACGACUACGUGGGCGACUGCGUGACGUCCUGCAACAAGUUCGACAACUUCCUCGCCUUCAACGACUUCGAGGACGGCGUCGACUUCGCGGACGCCGAGGACGAGGAGGACGAGGCCGAGGAGCCGCCGCCGCAGCGCCCGACGCCCGUCCACGCGGCCGGCCGACGCCUGCGUCAGGCCAGCGGCGUCAGCUUCAGCGAGCCCGAGGGCCUGGCGAGGCUCGGCCAGAGCAGCGGCAGCGCCUGCUCCCUGGGGGGUAUCGGAAACGGGGGCGGAGGGGGCGGGGGAGGUGGCGGAGGAGGCGGGGGCGGGGCGCGCCGCCCGCAUCCAGGCCAAGAGUACAACGUGCCGCCCGUGCCUCGCCCGCCCAUCCUUCGCCGGGCGCCUUCGUCGCGCCCCCGCCGCUCCAUCACUGUCAUAGAGGAAAUGACGACGUCCGUGUAG